AACGCCGCCACCGUGCAACCCAACCGAGCCAACCCUUAGGAGGAGGAGGAAGAGGAGAAGAGAAAGCCAACCAUGGACUUCCACAGCCUGCCGAGGAGAGAGCUUCAAGCCCUCUGCAAGAAGAACCGCAUCCCUGCCAACAUUACCAACGUCGCCAUGGCCGACGCCCUCCAGGCUCUCCACGCCGGCGGAGGGAUUGAGGGCAUGGAGGAAAAGCUGUGGAAUCAGUCCCCCAAGAAAGCUCAGGGCAUCUCGACCGACCUCCCGUGCUCCUCUCGCGGGACCUCCGCUCGCCGGGCGGUGGCUCCCGCACUUGUCGAGCCCAGAGAGCAGCAGGCGAGCCCCCUGCCUCGGGCUCGUCGAGUGACCGCAAAGGCCUCCGAGAUCGAGAAGCUGUUCUCGGAAGAAGAAGAUAAAGAGGAGAAGGAUGGACCUGCAGAGACGACACCCAUAGCUUUGGUCAAGCGCAGCACCACGAAUAAGUCCCAAGGGGCGACGACCACGAGGAACACCAGAAGAAGGACGAGCAAGAAAGAGGAUGUCGAAGCCGCGGAAGAUGGUCUCGUCAAGGCAACCAAAACUCCAGCCACUAGAACUGGCCGGAGAACGACGGCUAGGAGGGGAGCCGAGUCCUCGGUUAGGGUGGAAGAAGGGACAGAAGACACGGUGGUUUCGUCGAGGAUCACAACUCGCCGGACGAGGCAGUCCUCGAAGUCGAUUGCUGUUGAUGACACCACGACAACCAUGAGGAGGAGCACGAGGACCAGGGCGAGGGCUUCGAUCCGUCAGAUGGAAACCUUGGGCCAAGAAGAAGCAGCAACAGCAGCAGAACAAGCGGAAGAAGUCGUCGAGGCCAAGAAUUACAUGGAGGGACACGAUGGUUCUCGGAAGAAGACCUCAGAUUUGGCAACAGGCAAGAUGCCUGAUCUCGAAGAGACUCAAGGAAUUGACGGUGAAAAGUGCGAACGAGAUUCCAACUUGGAGGUCGUAGAAGCCGAUCUUCCACCGCACCAGCUCGAAAAAGAUGGAUUGAUCCCAGAAUCUGAAGGAUCCGAUGACGUAAAUGAGUUGGAAAUUGAGACUCAACCAGAAGAAGAAGUGGAAGAAGGCAUCAAAACGAAUGAUUCUUUCGAAAAAGACGACACAAAGCCGUCAGAUUCGACACCAGGGGAUGCUUCUCAUCUCUGCGUCAUGAAGUCACCAGAGAAGAUCGAGGAAGAGACUGAUGGAGAUGGAGACAAAGAUGUCCAUGGCGAGAACUGUGAGCAUGACAGCAAUGUGGUCGUCGAGAACACCAGUCUUCCCCUGCAUCAGCUGGCCGUAGACGACGCUGAAGAAGACGAAGCUGAAGUGGUCAAUGAAGAACCAGUACCAGAUGCAGAGAGAGGCUGCGAAGGAGAACAAGAAUCACCUGUCAAGGGGCUCGUAUCUUGUUUAGAGAAUCUGGAGAUCGAAGGAGAUGCUGUGGAGGAGCAAAGCAAGAGAGAGGAGGAAACAAAGAAUUCUAGCGUCCUGGAUCUUUCAGCUUCAGAAAAGGACGCAGUAGACAACACUGCUGAAGUUGUUGCUUCCUCUCCUCCCCAGCAGAUUCAUCUGUAUUCAAGGAGCUCCGAGAGGAGAUCAAAUGGUGUCGACUUGACUGCUGAAACCUUGACCCAAGUGGAGGUUAGAGCUGCAUCUGGGCUGACACUGAAGGCUGCUGGAGUGAUCUUCGAGGUGGAGAAAAGUGAGAACAAGAUCGAACAACACGGGGACAAGUGCCAACACUGUGAUGCUGACGAUGAGAAGACAAGCUUGGAUGAGUCAACCAGGACAGCAGUCAUGUGCAGGGAAGUCAGGGUGGAAACUGAUGCUGAGAAACAGGGUUCGCAUGUAGACUUGAACUGUAUGAGCUUGAGAAAGCUGAAGAUGCUGUACAAGGAGAAGAUUUGUGACCUCAACGGCAAGGUGGAAGGAAGGAGAUUGGCUCUUGCUGAGAUAAACAAGAACAUCAUUAUCUAGCGGAGAUGAUGAUGAUGAUGAUUGGCCAUAAUAAGGAGAGAGACUAAAAUAUAUAGAAGCUGUCAUUUGCUUCUAUUUUUCGAUUUCAGUAUGAGAUGAGUCUGUUGUUUGUGCUAAGAAGAAACCAUGGUUUCUGCAGCAGAGCAGGCACUCUUUUUUUCUUUUUGUCCUGAAUUGAAUAAACAUGUAUUUUUGUG